AUAAUCUAAUGUGAGUGUAUAAUGUUAUUAUCUACAUGUUAAAGACAAAUCACAAAAAAUUAUGGCCAAGAAAUGGAGGAAAUCAUUAGGGAGGAUCAUGGUGAAGCUUUGUCUAGUAGGAGUGAGGAGGAGCAAGAGAUGUUGAGGAUGUUGACAAAACUAGAGAUAGACUCAGCUUAUACUAGUGAAAAGCUGCUGAACCUGCAUGUUCUUCUUAUGCAUCUUUUGGCAUGGGAUAAUGAUCUUGAAGGGAUGGGGACACCUGAUUCUUCUCCAGCAUCCUUUGAAAAAGCUUUGGCGUUUGAUCUGUUAUGCGGUAUAUUGGAGUCGGAGUUAAAGGAGGUGGACGAGGUUUUGGAUGUGUUGGAAGCCCAAAUCGUUGACACUUCUUAUAAGAUAUCUAGUUGCAAACAUGCAAAUUAUAUUGUUAUCGAAGGCAAGUUGGGUGAAUCUGCAGAAUCCUUGAAGCAGUCUAGAGGACAAGUCUCAGAGAUCACUUUGCAAUUAGCUCAGCUCCGAAGAACACUUCAUUACAUAAGAAAUGGAACAAGUGAAAACGAGGAGUCAGUGGAGUUUUCAGGAAACGGUCAAGAUUUAAGGCAGAAAUAUGCGCUGAAACCAUCGGACUUAAGGCAUAAAAAUGCUCUGAGGAUGCUGGAGAAGUCAUUGUCAAGAGAGCUAGAGCUUGAGAAGAAGUUAAUGGAGUUCCAGCAAAAUGAAGAACAACUGAAACUCAAGCUACACUACACUGAGGAGGUAUCUUCUCGGAUGGAAGAAGCAUCAGAGUUUAUAUGGGGACGGUUUCUAGAGGCAGAUAAUUCUUCAGAGGUUCUUACGGGUAUUUCAAAGGAACUUGUUGGCCGUCUACAGAUUCUCCAGUUUAGUCUGAAUGGGUCAGCCCAACGGGAAUCCGAACUUAAGUCUAAGCUUGAAGAUUGCACUGUACAACUCGAAGCGAAAGAUCUUCUGGUGCAAAAGCUUGAGGGAACAAUUUCAGAAAAUAGUGAGAUAGUUUCAGAAGUACUCACUUUGAGGGAAUAUGCGAAGUCAGCUGAACAAAAACUGAAAAAUACCGAGCUUGAGCUGAAAAGUGUCAACACCUCCAAACAAGAAAUCCUGGUACAUCUAGCUGAAAUGGAAAAUGCAAAUGACUCGGUCAAAGAAAACCUUUUCGAGGCUGAAAGCAGAGCUGAGACUGGAGAAGCUAAGAUUAAAGAGCUAAAUGCUGCAAAUCUUGAACUUACUGAGGAACUAAAUUUUCUCAAAGAUGCUGAUGAUAAAAAGACAAAGAAGGUGAACUCUCUCGAGAAGCAAGUCAGAGAAUUAGAAGUUCAAGUACAAAACUCCAAGGUAUCAUCAGAAGCAAGUCAAGAACAGCAGAACAUGUUGUAUUCAGCUAUAUGGGACAUGGAGACCUUAAUAGAAGAUCUCAAGUCUAAAGCCUCAAAAGCUGAGAGUAGAACGGAGACAGUGGAGGAUCAAUGCAUUGUGCUUUCUACCACAAACUCUGAACUCAACAAAGACGUGACCUUUUUGAGGCAAAAAGCCAAAUCCUUAGAAGCAUUGUUGGAACUAGCUAACGAUGAGAAAGAGAGAUAUGCACAAGAAAUAACUACACGGAACAAGGUUUUGAUGGAUAUGAUGUUGCAAUUAUCCAGUGAAAGGGAGCGUAUACAAGAGCAGCUAUAUUCUUUGGCAAAGGAAAACAAAAUACUUAGAGGGAAUCAAUGCUCAAAUACAUACCAAAGAAAUGGAUCUUAUGCUGGGGACAAAGAGCUGCAGUUACACACAGACGGUCACGGAAUAGAGGCACUGGCUGAAAGUCUGCAGGCAGGAGGAUGAGAGAACAAGGAAAGAACCAGAGAACCAGUCUGUGUCUGAAAAGAGUAGCACGUGCACGGAGAUCAGAAGGGCAAGCAACUUGAAACACAUACCAGUUUUGGCCUUAGUUUUUGUGCUGUUAUGUUCAUUCUUUGGUGUGACUUAUUAAGGAAAUAUAUCUUCAGUGAAAAU